UUCAUUUGUACGAUCAUUUGUAUCUGUUAAAAGUCGUGGCCAUGAUGGCCGGAAAGAAGUUAUCGAUGGUGGCAAUUGAUGGGGAAGAGGAGAUGUCGUUGGAAGGAAGAAAAAGAGGACGGUCGCAGGAGAAGACACUCCAGCCAACCUCGUUUCGCCUUUUUGAGGCCAGGCUCUUACGCUAAGCCCCAAGGAGUGUUAGCGCUUCGGCAUGGAUCAUCGAAUAUCCGUAAACCGUGUAUGUGAAUGUCCAAGGUAGAGAAAGUGUCCAUUCCAAGUUCAUGAUCUGUCUUGAUGCUUGAUUCUGCGUUUCUCACUUCUCAACUCGUCUUCGAUGGACCCUUGACAUUACAUGAUACAAUAACUUCAAUUUGGCUGAUUUGCAGCCUGCAAGCUCAAGAAUCAUGGCCCAAAGCCACAACUCUCUACGGGACCGCCAAAUCAGAUCGAUUGAGCGCAUGUUAAACUUGAAUCGCGAUGCUGAGGAGACUACGGACGAACAUCACGAUCAUUCCUCUACGAACGGCUUGCCUGGAUCCAGUGCGCCUAUACUGAAUUCGAAUGGUGAUCCUAUAUGGAAAGUGCUUGUUUUCGACGACCUAGGACGAGAUGUUAUUAGUAGCGUUCUGCGGGUGAAUGACCUGCGAACAUGGGGAGUGACGAUGCAUAUGCAUAUAGCUUCUACUCGACAUCUAAUACCGGAUGUACCAGUUCUAUAUCUUGUAGAGCCGAAUGCUCCGAACCUCAAGUCGAUCACCUCGGAUCUGUCGCGCGGCCUCUAUUCUCCAGCAUACAUCAAUUUCCUCUCGUCCAUCCCACGGCCCCUCCUCGAAGAUUUCGCAAAGCAGACAGCGGAGGCAGCCACUUCAGAGAACAUCGCCCAGUUCUACGACCAGUACUUGAAUUUUAUAGUUGGAGAGCCUGAUCUGUUUAGCUUGGGAAUGAAGAAAGAGAAUACAUAUUGGGCUUUGAAUAGCGCGAGGACGAAGGACGAAGAACUAGACCAUGUGGUUGACAGGAUUGUCAGUGGACUUUUCAGCGUCAUGGUUACGAUGGGUGUUAUGCCAAUCAUUCGUUGCCCGAAAGGUGCUGCAGCAGAGAUGAUUUCAGCAAAGCUUGAUCGAAAACUCCGGGAUCAUAUCCUUAACUCGAAAGACAACUUAUUUUCAGCAUCAAGUAAUCGACCAUCCACGGCUGCUGGCACUCCCUCCUCUAGGCCCGUUCUCAUCAUCCUCGAUCGGAAUGUAGAUCUGAUACCUAUGUUAUCGCAUUCGUGGACAUAUCAAUCCUUGGUACACGAUGUCUUAGACAUGAAGCUUAAUCGAAUCACAGUAGAAACACCAAUUGAUGAAAACAAUGCCGCCAAAGGUUCCACGAAAAAGGCUUAUGAUCUUACAUCCAACGACUUCUUCUGGACUAAGAACGCUAGCGUGCCCUUUCCACAAGUCGCAGAAGAUAUUGAUGCUGAAUUGAGUCGCUACAAAGACGACGCCAAUGAGAUCACCAAGAAAACUGGAGCUUCAUCUAUAGAAGAUCUGCAGAAUGACACCAGUUCCUCCGCACAGCAUCUCAAAGCUGCCAUUACUUUGCUGCCAGAGUUGAGAGAACGAAAAGCGGUUCUCGAUAUGCACAUGAACAUCUUGGCCGGACUCUUGACUGGAAUUAAGAAUCGACAGUUGGAUAACUUCUUCCAAAUAGAGGAAGGCAUCAUGAAGCAGACCAAACAACAAAUCCUUGAGGUCCUCAAUGACCAAGACAAAGGAAAGGAGCCAGUUGAUAAGCUGAGGUUGUUUAUUAUUUGGUUCUUAAGCACAGAGCAAGAUGUGACCAGAGCAGAUAUGGAGAAAUUCGAAGAGUCAUUAAAGUCAGCAGGCGCGGAUACCACAUCUCUCGCCUAUGUCAAACAAGUUCGUGCCACCACGAGAAUGACGAUGAUGACCUCGGCCCCGUCAGCCGCUGCUCCCCAAGCUUCUGCAUCUACCGAUCUUUUCCGUGGCAUCACAUCACGCCUUACUUCGUCCCUCAAGGAUACGGGUGUCGGCGCAAAUUUUGAAAAUCUCCUUUCUGGGGUAAAGAAUCUAUUACCCGCCAAUCGUGAUCUCACAGUCACCAAGAUCACUGAAUCAAUUAUGGAUCCAGCUGGGGCAAGCAGCAGUGCUAUCGCAAAGACAGAAAAUUACCUUUAUUUCGAUCCUCGAAGCGCGAAUGCGAGAGGUACAAUGCCACCACCAAGCGCCGCUCGGAAGGGUGAGCAGAUGCCUGGUGGACUUGGUAGCCACGGUCCCGGUAUGCAAGCUACGUUCGGACAGCGGAGACAAGGGUUUAGUGAGUCGAUUGUCUUCACAGUUGGUGGAGGAAGCAUGGAUGAAUAUGGUAAUCUAAUGGAGUGGGCUAAACGCACCGGCGCAGGAGGGAGCCAGGCCGAAAAAGGAGCAGCUAGGAGAAGAGUUGUGUAUGGAAGUACAGAGCUCAUCAACGCGGAGGAGUUCUUAAAGCAAGAACUCGAGAAGCUUGGGGCCGAAGCAGCGUCGUAGUCUUUAAAUAUCAUCACAUUUAGGACGCAAGACUUGAACUGUGAAUUACGUACGUAAAGGGUAUCGUUGUAUUCUAGGAAGUUUCCAGCCGACUAGAUAGCUGUGAGCCUCAGUG